GUUUUCUUCCGCAGCAGGGAUGGACGAGAGGGACUGUCCCCCCGCGCCGCCAUCCCCUCCCCAGCCCCGGCUGCCCGUGCUGCCGGCAGCGGGAGGCGCUCGGCCAGUGGCGGGACCGCUCGGCUGAUUCCCGGCGUUCUGCUGUCCUGUCGCGGAGGUGGCUGACGGCGGUCGAGGCUGCUCCAUCGGGCUCGGUUUGUGAUGCUCGGUCUUCGCCUUCCCGGCUCUCCCUCUCCCCGAGUCCUGGGUCUGCACAGUGCAGCGUGGAGGCUUGUGUUUCUGAUUUCUUCUGCUCUGCCUGAUCUGAAGGUAUGUAACACUAUUGAUGUCGUUUAUAAACCCCAGCUUCUGAAAACGACAGUUCUGUGUGUAAGGAAGUCACCUUAGCGGGGGCACAUAUCCCCAGGGUGCGUAUCAAAGGGGAGAAGACACUUGCAGAAGUAGCCAAGUGAUGUGAAGUUAUCUUCCAAGAUGACUGUUCUACCUGGAGAAAAUUCCGACUAUGACUAUAGUGCCCUCAGCUGUGCUUCAGAUACUUCCUUCCACCACACAUUCUUUCCAGAAACAGAAACACUUAAGGGAGUCUUUUACCAAAGAGCUAAGCUAAUUCACCCUCAAGAGGAUCUCCUGAAAGGCUUUCACCCUGAUGAUCGGAAGCAUCAUAUUAUUAUAAACGUAGGGGGCAUUAAGUAUUUGCUCCCUUGGACCACGCUUGAUGAAUUCCCAUUGACACGCUUGGGACAACUAAAGUUCUGUACUAAUUUCGAUGACAUUCUAAACAUCUGUGAUGAUUAUGAUGUGACAUGUAAUGAAUUCUUUUUCGACCGCAAUCCAGGGGCAUUCAGGACAAUCCUGACCUUUUUGCGGGUCGGAAAACUUCGUCUCUUGCGUGAGAUGUGUGCACUGUCUUUCCAAGAGGAGCUGCUCUACUGGGGAAUUGAGGAAGACAACUUGGACUGGUGUUGUAAAAGGAGAUACCUGCAAAAAAUGGAGGAGCUUACAGAAAUAAAUGAACGGGAGGAUGAUCUCAUAGAAAAUGAAACAGGUGAAACAGUAGAGGAGACAAGAAUUGGCUUGUGCAUGAAAAAGUUGCAAGACAUGGUGGAAAGACCCCAGUCUGGCCUCCCUGGAAAGGUGUUUGCUUGUUUGUCUGUUUUAUUUGUAACUAUUACAGCAGUGAACUUAUCCAUCAGCACCAUGCCUGGCCUGAGGGAGGAAGAGGAAAAGGGUGAGUGUUCCCAGAUGUGCUACAAUAUUUUCAUUGUGGAGUCUGUCUGUGUGGCAUGGUUUUCCCUGGAGUUCCUGCUAAGAUUCAUCCAGGCAAAGAGCAAGUUUGCAUUUUUGCGGAGACCAUUAACCCUGAUCGACAUAAUAGCCAUUCUGCCAUACUACAUCACUUUGCUAGUAGACACCACGUCAGUGGGCUAUAAAAAGCCCAGCUCUGGGAGCAUCUACCUGGACAAAGUAGGUCUGGUCCUCCGUAUUCUCCGUGCCUUGAGGAUUCUGUACGUCAUGCGGCUGGCCAGGCACUCCCUGGGGCUGCAGACGCUGGGGCUGACCGCUCGCAGGUGCACCCGGGAGUUCGGGCUCUUGCUGCUCUUCCUCUGCGUGGCCAUUGCACUGUUUGCACCGCUCCUCUAUGUCAUUGAGAACGAGAUGGCGAACUCGCAGGAGUUUACCAGCAUCCCCGCGUGCUACUGGUGGGCUGUCAUCACCAUGACCACGGUAGGCUAUGGAGAUAUGGUUCCCAGAAGCAUUCCUGGCCAAGUGGUAGCACUAAGCAGCAUACUGAGCGGCAUCCUCCUCAUGGCAUUUCCAGUCACCUCCAUCUUCCACACGUUUUCACGCUCCUACCUUGAGCUAAAGCAAGAACAGGAAAGAAUAAUGUACAGGAGAGCACAGUUCUUAUUAAAAACAAAGUCUCAGAUAAGUAAUGCGUCACAAGGGAGCGAUAUUUUAUUCCCCAGUAUCUCUUCUGAGACUAGGGACAAUGAAUGAAUUUUAGGUUACUCUUUCUCCUGAUGUCAAGUAAUGUUUUGUUGUAUCAGAUUCCAUCUUUUAAUUUGCUUUGGAAGCAUUUUGCAAAGGUAACCCUCAUAUUAAAAUGAAGAAAAAGAGUUAUUAACCAGGAACUGAUGUGGUUUAUGUAGUCUAUUAUUGUGCUGUUUCUUCCCCCCCCGUAUAAUGUAUAGGACAGAUCUUUCACUGAGAUCAUACAGUGGGAUUUUAGGAAUUAAGUCUCUGAUUAAAAAAAAGAACACCAUAUAAUAAUGUACUUGUCAGGCUGUUUUGCCAUGUGUAAUACAUAUUUUUCCAACUGAAUCACGAUGUAUAUAAUCAUUAAACAGGCUGCCAUUUUUCUUGUUCUUCUUGUAUAUAAAUAAUGUAAAUACAACAAAAUUGAUGGUGAAAAUCUCUCCCAGUAAAACGCCUUGGAGCAUAAUGGAAAUAUCCACAGAUGUUUAUCCCAUUGUGCUCUUAAAAAAAACAUUAAGUGAGAUUUGUCAUUCACAACAGCAACUGUAUAUUUCUCUGCAAGUCAGCCCUAAACAUACCAGAAGUGAAUUGAGCUGUUUGUAUCAUAACCUGCUAAAGAUGUAAAUACUUAUAGCUCACCAGCUUCAAAAUUUAAUAGAAGUUACAGUGUUGACCUAUGUCAUUGAAUGCAGUAAUCCCAGGAACAAAGUCUUUGAGUUUUAUAGCAUUUAAUAUUAUUACCAAGAGGUGACUAGCUGCAAAUCAAAUGAAAUAUGCAUGAUGAGAUGCCAGUCAUUCCCUACCAUCUGUUGCCAUGUUUUUACCUCAGAUAUGAAACAGAAUUAAAAGAGGCCUGUUUCCAGGGGACACCCUACCAUUACUUGGCAAAUCGAUGCUGCGGCUACCCAUUCACAUUCAGCAUUUGGUUCUUUAGAAGGAGCAGAAAAUAUAUGGUCGUGGGAAGUUGCCAAUGGUGAAGAAAAGAAAAUAUCAUUUGAGUCAUGGAGUGGGGGGGUACUGACAGCUUUAUACUUUACUGUCCUCAAUCAUCAGGGACUUAAGACUUAAUUAACUAUACCUUUGCCAUCAUUACACACAUCAUAGGAAUGGAGAAAAUUUUAAAUAGGAUAUGAAAUAGCAGUUAAGGUCCCCAAACACACCCAUGUAUUCUUCAUCCACACGUGUGUCUUGGUCCAGGUCCUGCUGAAGUCAGCGGGAGCAUGAGUCAGUGAGACACUGAGGUUUGGCCCAGGUUUCUGUGCAGAUUAAUGACAGAACUCCCAUUUAUUUGAGAGGGCGUGAGACUGGCUUGCACAACAGUUCAGGAGGAAACCUCCAGAGAUUAAAAAAAACCAACAACCUAUUUGUUUGAUUUCAUGCAUGCUUAGAGGUAAAGAAAAGCUAAUCUUAAAGCUUCACCUUCUGCCCUCCCCUCCUUUUUAGUACAUUUACUUAUUAACAGUUAAGAGCCAAGGAAAUUUAGAAGUUCCAUCACAUUCACCAAUGCUUCUCUAGAUUAAUUUCCAGAAAUACUAUUACUUAUUGGCAUUUCUGGAGCAGGUUGCUAGAAAUGCCAGAAUACAUGAUGGGUUUGUGAUUUGAAUGAAGGCCAAGGACACAAACAUUGUCCUUUCAAAAAGGUAGAAUUAGCUCCUCAGCCUAUGCUGUUUGGCCAAGCCCACACUACACUGGCUUUCUUUUCAUGUUUUUAAAAUACCAUUUGAAGGUGUUCUGAUAUACGUGCUCUUGAAGAAUAAUUCCAGAACAUUUGAAAAGGCACUUUACAAAUAAUGAGGGCUCUCACAUUCUUCAGCCUGCUGUAGGUAAAUAUGCCUGUGGAGCAUUACUGCAGAAGUCUAAACUCUUGGCAGUUAAUUAUGUGGCAGAACUACAAAUGUAACCAGCUUUUCACUUGUGUUCUUCUAAUUAGAGUUGGACAAAAAACAGGAACAUCGUGACAAAAAAGGGACACAUUUUCCAUCCAAAAUGCACUUAAUUUCAAAACUGUUUGAUCAUCUGUAGCAUUGGCUUCAACACAAGUGCUAUACAUCCUUCUACCUUUGUGUCAGCACUCGUUAUAAAAAGAACUGGUAAUUAGAUUAGUCCUGUGAGCAACAGUUGCUUAUCUAAGAAUGUGUUUGACAGGCUGAGCCAUAAAUAAGAAGCUGUAAAUGAAUAUAAGGAGAAAUCAAGACUUCCCAAAUAAAACCUAAGCUUAUUUCCAUGUUAUGCUAACUGAUAAAUGCUGAAGGUCCAUCCAUUCUCUCAAUGUCUUUACAUGAAGUUAAUGCUGAUUUAUUUCAUUUAUCACUUGAUCUUUUAUUCCAAAUUAUAGCUUGAUUCUAAAGUCCUUGUCUGCAAACAAAAAAAUAUCACCCUGAGGUUGGGUUGAAGUUGGUUGAGCAAACCUGUGAAAGCAUCUUGCCUGUUCUGCCUAAGCCAGGAACAAAUUAACCAUCCAGGAGGUACCCCUAUGUGAUUUUGUACUUGGCAGCACAUUGCUUGUAAGCCUAUCAACGUGUUUUACUAUGAAUCACUGUAAGAAACUUGCUUAUGUUUUACAGGAGGCAAUACAUACUGUAGUCCUUAUGCUAAGUAAAUCCAGCUAUAAGAGCACAUUAGUAUGAAACCCACAUGCUGUGUUCCAGUUCUUACUGCGAAGGUUUAGGGCCUAAAGUGAUUAUGCCUCUUUAUAGUAUAUUACCUGAAUUUUUAGUCAAAUUCAGUUAAAUUACGAAUUGAUUCAAAAGCGGCCUGUUUCCAGUGACACAGCUGUUAGCUACCAAGUCAGCUCCUUUUUGUAUUUAACAGCAUGUGCAGUCAAGAAGAAAGACCCAAUAAAAAAACACUUUGUGCUUUUAUGAAGAAAAAGAAUUGUUUGAAUUGCCACUGAUAGUGUGCAUGUCUGCAACAGAGAGAGGCUUGCAUUUGUUGAUAUUACCCUCUGUAUAGUGCAGUAAUAUGUACAGUAUGGGAUCAAACAGCAGCAGCUGUAUUAAUUUUGAUUAAUAAAGUGUUAGGCUCUCCUUUCAUUUUCAUGUGCUUCUUAUGGUACAGAAAGACUGUCACACGUGCGUAGGCAUGCUUGACAACCUGGGGUCAGUCUGAGAAGUGAGCAGCAGCUAAGGCAGAGUUUGGGUAACGAGCAUUGCUACCUGAAGCAGGCUUGCUGUGAUAGAAAGCAUUUACUAGGAAAGAAGAUAAUCUCAGUAUAGAAAAAUAUAGAUACCAAGUCAGCAGCUUGUAAAAGGAAACCUUUCUUGCAUGUUGUCCCAAAAAUCACAACCACAGUUAGUUGAGAUAUAACUUUAAAAUAUUGCAACCAUUUAAUAGUUUAACCAUUUAACCAAAGAAUCAUCAGAUUCAGAAAAGAACAGAUUUCUCCAAAAUCUUUCCCUCCUCCGUCAUCCUUCCUCAAAAACAAUAACAAAAGCAACAAAAAUCAUUCGGUGAGUGCAACACUGCUAAAUGAAGACAGAGCCACAAGGCUUAACUGUACAUCCAGGAACAUAAUUUGCAAGGUGAGUUGGAAUAAUUUGUAUUACACUAACGUUCAUUAUGGAUCAAGCUCUUAGGGAAAUUUCUCUUUAGGGAAUACAUAGGACUUGUCUCCAUUUGUCCCUGUAUAUUUUUUCCACUGUAAUUCAGUACUCCAGAUUUCCACAGUCAGAGGCUUUAGUAGUGUCAUUCAGUAGUCAGAGGCUUUACCAAUGCCUAAUAAAACAAUAAAAAAUAUCAUGCAGAACUGAAUCAUGGAUUUACACAUCAUGACAUGCACAUCUGGGAAGGAAAGCUGGCUCUAUGUAUUCAUGACUUGUGUGGGUAGAGUUUAACUGGGGAUUCAGGCUGAUGCAAAGCAAAGAUUUUUGCUGUAGAAGGUUUUCAUUCCUACUGCUAUAGCUCUCCUCUGUAACUAAAGUUUCAGAGGAAUCUCUCUGAACAAAAGCUUUCCACUCUAACAGUCAUUUAGGCUAUAGACUGAGAAUAAAAAUUCAUUGUAGGCACUUACCAAAGUGCCUGAAGCAGCAGCCUCGUCAAAAGAUCUGAAUCAGCACUAGGGGAUAUGUAGUCUUCUCUGGGGUUUAUUUUUUAACAGAGGAAGCCUGGAAUGAACUAGAUCCCUAAUUCAGGCGUUAGGAUAGAUGAAUUGGAAUCUUAUUCUUCAAUUGCACAGAAGCACUAAUGUCUACCAGCAUUAACUCCACGUUAUUUGUCCUUCGCACAUCUCAUUCACUGAAUGUAGGGACCAAGGAAUAUGAAGCAGCGCAAAUAAUCCAGAUCCAGAGAGGUCAGCUUGUUCUUGGUUAGGGUCAGUUUGAAACAGGACAGCAGCAAAUAUAAAAGUUCUUGGCAGUUCAUGCCUGACUGUGAAAUAGUCCUGUUCCAUGCAGUUAUUGAUCUUCUUUUUGCUUAGAUAAGAAGACUAGGAAGUUAAAACAAAAGAAAAGGAACAGAUACUUUUCAUAACAAAGCUACAGAAUUUCACAUCCCUCUUUGGGUUUCCAACAGGCUGAAAUCUGGAGUGGAUAAUCCUAAACCUACAUAGAUUUCAUUGUCUGUGUUUAAUCAGAAAUUAAACAAGAAAGUGACAAACGUGAGUUCAAAGACUGUGACACCAAUCUCUGCUCACAUCAGUCAGUGACAUUAACCCCUAACCUGACCAGUUGACUCUGACCCGAGUGUCAGUUUCACCAUUUUCACAUUCAUUACUCACCAUUUUCAUUUCUACCAGUAGUUGCCACAAUAGUAUAUGGCCCAGUUUCUUCUGUGUUAAUAGUUAAUCUUAUGCAAGAUUUGACAGUCAAUUUAGUAUCUAUCCAAGAGGUGAUAUAAGUGCCAAAAAUAGACAAAAAAAGAGAAGAAAAAAAAGCCCAAGUACAACGUGUUGUGGGAUGAUGGAACUGUGGUACCCCAUAGGCACAAAGGGUGCAACUUCCAGAGAUCAGACAGAUCUGAAGGCACGGAACUGGAGUCCAUGGCAGUGGAUGAACAUCACCCCAUCAACAAAAAUGUGCUUCAAAUAUUCUAUUGCUAAAACAAAAAAUGCUUAACACUAGAUUUACCCACUCACCCAUUUACUACUUCCUCUGUGGCAUUUAAACAUUCCAUUUCAGCAUCACUAAUGAUCUCAGUGUUCCUAACAUAGUAAUGAUCGUAUAAAAACCAGGAAAGUGAAGACAAUUUUACAUCCCAAACUUAUCCUUCACUGAAUCGAUUCAGCUCUGUGCAUGUUCUGUCUUGUCUUGUAACAUUAGAGUGUAAGUCCUUAGGACAGGAUUCGUUGUUUUGUAGCUGUCAGUCACUAUGUAAAAUCAUACACCACAAAUAAAGAUAAAUUUCUACACCACAAAUAAAGUUGAGGAGAAUUUUGCCUGUGCUGCCAAACUGAAAACUUUCAGUUUGGCUUAUUAACAAUAAAACUAGACCUUCCUCCCUUUC